AUGAAAAUCACGUCAAGAUUUCUGGGCCUUUUUCAUUUGAAUGAAAAGUACUAUGUAUUGUCAGCACGAGAUGUUGCAAUACUGCUAGAAUUCUUCAAGGCAAUUGAUGUACGAAAUGAAAUGGCCAUUGAUGACGUCCAAUUUCUGGCCUUCAUGAAGUCUGUGACUGACCUCAGUGAACGACAUAUUUACAAAGUGUUUGAUACACUAGAUGUUGACUGUUCCGGUCUGAUGGACUUUGAUGAAUUCUAUCUCCUUGUUUGCAUCCUGAUAGCAGUAAAGGACAAGAUGGAGAAGGAGUUCAUUUAUAAGCAUUCACGAACUGUGUUUGAUCUGCUGGAUGAAGAUGGCAGUAACAAUGUGUCUAUAGAAGAGUUCAAAACAAUUGGUUUCCUAUUCAAUUUCAACAAGACGAUUGUCAAAGAUCUAUUCAAAGAGUUUGAUGUUUCUGGUGACCAGCACUUAGACUACCAAGAGUUCAGAAUGUUUGCCAUGGCCUGCAUUGACAAGCAAACAGAACAAGAGAGUAGGAACAGACAGAAAGAAGAACGAAAACGAGCACGAGUCAAAACAAUGCAGAACAGCUUCUGUAGUCUAUUCUAGGUAACGAUACAGUGCAUAUAUGAAGGAAGAUACAGCAAACAACAUGCAAUCUAGAAGUGCAACGCAGUUAAAAAACAAUUCUAUAUGCGUCAAUAAUCUCUAACAGUUCACGCUUCAAGUAUGAGCCGUUCGCGCAGAAAAUCAAAGAGCACCAGCCUUCUGCAGUU